AUGGAUAUCCAAGCUGGGCCGGCUACGGAUAACCGGGGUCCUCGGAUCACAGCAAUAAUAGUUACACUAACGUCAAUAUCGAGCCUUUUUGUCAGCCUCCGACUUUAUACACGAGCCGUAAUCAAGAAAGCCCUAUACCCAGAAGAUUACGUUAUCGUCUUGGCCUUGCUCAUGUCAUGGGGCGAGGUCGGUUUCUAUAUUGCCGCGGUCCGGUACGGCCUAGGGCGACACAUGCGGGACUUGACACCCGAGGAAAGCCAAGACGCCCAGCAGUUGUGUAUUUUCGGCACCAUAUCGGGCAUUUUUGGACUUGGGCUGCCCAGAAUCGCCCUGGCCAUGAUGCUAAACCGCAUCCUGCUCGCCAAUUAUUGGACCUCGAUGGUCUCGUGGUUUUUAAGCAUUACGAGCAUGGUUAAUUUCACCGUCUCCAACCUUAUGAUCCUGUUCCAAUGCACCACACCCAAGCAGGCCGUGUGGGUCCACGAUCCGGAGGCCAAAUGUUUUAACGUUUGGCUGGCGGCUUGGCCAGCGCUUGUCGUCUUUAGACUGAAUAUGAACAGGACAAAGUCAAUCGGCUUAAGCUGUGUGUUGGGCCUUGGAACUGUCGCUUGCGGUGUCGCUGGAUAUAAAGCCACGCUGUUGCCACUUUUGGCAAAUCCAGACAUCCUUUACGAAAGUGAGGGCCUUGUGAUGUGGAAAGUCGCCGAGGCAACAGCCCUCCUUGUUGGCUCUUCCAUCCCAUUCCUAACCCCGAUAUGCCGUAUCUUCCUCAUGUGGUUCAAGGGGGUCAAAGCCCGCGCUGGGGAUUUCGACAUGGACUCAGUGCCCGACCUCGUCCACAAUCUAGGCCACGAACGCCGGCUGCACCGCCGGGGCGGGUACACCGGGUCCGGCAUCGUUUUGCGCCACGCGCCCAGGCAACGCCAUGGAUCAAUAUGACCGCUAACCCCGUUCAGAAUCGGCAACGCAGGCAGAAGUUGACAAAGGUUAAGCUAUGAGAGUGGCAUGAGCUUCGCAAGCGGAUGGUUUGGCCGCCUUUGGGCAAGUCGCUCUGGGAUUAAGUAAUUAUGAUGCUACGCUUGGGGGAUAGAACAGCUGAACCAAAUAUAUGCAAUUGUAUGCAAGGACAGAGCGCGCGAUAGUCAGCUCUCCUCAGCUUUCCUGAUCCUCUUUGUGGAAUUGGAGCCAUCGCCUGCUGUAGUCAAACUAGCUAUUCACCCUCAACCUCGCGAUAAUGUCGAUAGAAUGGCGUAUCACUGUCCUGGCAUCCAAAUUAUGCCUAGAUUUCCGGUUUCUUCCUGAUGGUAUAUGGUGGAAGAUGUCUUGCGCGCUGGUUCAAGCUUGGCGGGACUGGGCGACUCUGCCCGUCCUAAAACGUCCAGCGCCCAUCCCGACCCUUCAAUUACUAUCUCCGCAGAUGGGGGAAAUAG